CGAGUAAAAACCCUAAUCCAAAAUCUAGUCCCUAGAACCUUCCAUACUCAUCGCGAAACCCUUGGUUCCACGUUUUAAGAAUAGUGAGAUCUCUCUAAACCCUAAAAUCAUCUACACUGUUAAUUGCAGAAAAUAGGAGGAGAUGGCAAAGCGUUUGAUUCCCACCUUCAAUCGCAUUCUCGUAGAGAAAAUUGUUCCCCCUUCCAAGACCAGCGCUGGCAUUCUUCUCCCUGAGAAGUCCUCCCAGCUUAAUUCCGGUAAGGUGAUAGCGGUUGGUCCCGGAUCACGAGACAAGGCAGGGAACUUCAUCCCGGUGUCCGUCAAGGAAGGUGAUCGUGUUCUCUUGCCUGAGUAUGGUGGCACGCAAAUCAAGCUCGACGACAAAGAGUUCCAUUUGUUUAGGGACGAGGACAUAUUGGGCAUUCUGCAUGAAUGAGGUUUCUUUGUAUUCUUAAAAUAAUUUCUUUCCCUCUUGUCUAAGUUUGCAACUGUUGCAAACUAUAGAAGAUUUAUCUGAGAAUAUUAUCGAAUCGAAUGGUAUUAUGAAAAUUUCAAUGGUAGUAUGGAAAUAGUCUUCGAAUUCUGAUU